GUGGGGCGUGGGGCGUGUGCGGGCAUGUCAUGGGCAGCCAUCGCUAGUCGAUUGCAGCUCGGCUUACGUACGCAUGUUGUUCAAUCAGGUGGGUCACUGGGCUGAGGCGGAGCCCGUGUCGCCCAAUCACGGACAGGAAAACCAUCGGCGGUGGCCUAUGGAACUAAAAGCGGGGACGAUUGCCAGAGGCCGUGCAAAUCGCGCAGCUCAGCCUCUCUGUUAUUGGAUUAAUUAAUUAGGUAGACAGACUUGCACCCACUGCCCACCCCCGCUCCCCAACCACUUUCUCCCCCCCCUCGCUCUCUUCAAGUACAAGAUCCAACCGCAGAUCACGCGGCGUAAUGGACGCGACGUAUGCGAAACUGAUGGCCAAGUUCGGCUACGGACGCUGCCUCUACAGACCUCCGUCUACGACUGAGAUGCGGCCUGGCUCGGUGGGCUACUGGGACAGCAACGCCAAGUGGCAGCCCAUUGCCCAGCUGGACGACAGCGAAGACCUCAAGGCCAAGGGCUUUAGGCCGCCCCAGGAAGAGCUGUUGGCGAAUGACUCCACCCUCGAUGAGGGGUGGUCGCCCUUGUACUCUUCGUCAGUCACCGAGUCUGACAUCACUGCCGAGGUGAUGGCCAGAUUGCCCGAGGGCGCCGCAACGGGUAAGGCGUUCUACAAAUACCAGGGCAGCGAGAACGCCGGGGCGGUCCUUAUAACUGUAAAACCCAUCAGCGCCCGCAGCUUCCUCCACGAGUCCCCGUUCUCACGCUGGACGUACGACAAUAUCGAUGCUCUCAUGGCUAGCCCGAGAGGCGAGGAUAUCAAGACGCACGGUCUGGCUAUUAUCAGGGAUACCUACAGCACCAAGAAGUGCCUGCUCAAUGUGUGGGAGUCAGGCAGCCGCGCCUUCUCGGUUGGACUCACAGUAGAUGCCCAUGGAGUCUUGAACCUGGGCGUCGGCGGUGGGUGGUCCGAUGCAACAGAUGCUGGCGGCUGCAGGGAGUUUUCUCCCAAGAAUCCAGAGGACGAGGUUGUAGUUUGUGCCAGCGGGCUUGUCUUCAAAAUCCGGCGGCUGUUUGGCAUCACCAUGCUCUCCCACCCGGCGCCGCUCAGGAGUGCAAACACAGAGGGAUCUCUUGUCGAGACUCGCCAGAUCAAGAGCAAGGAGAGAGAGGAUCUGGUCUUUGAGCUUGAGCGGGAGGUAUUCGGCAACCCCCUUCUUGCUCCUGUGGAGGAGGCAUGCGCAUCAUCAGACUGGGAAGAUGACGAAGAUUCUAUGGCUACCUAGGUGUAGCUCACCAUUCGUAUCGCCAUCACCAUGAAGCCAUUCUUGUUACUAACUCGCUCCCAGCUAAUUCUUCAAGGCCGAAACAUAGUAACUUUACCAGCAUGAUUCAGGCCGGGGCCUGCCACUCGAUUAUGAGGACUUCACAUAAACACAAGAAGACAGCGAAAUACGGAACUAGUUUAUAAGACUUGCUAAGGAUUGAACGUCUUAGCAGAUGUGAGCGAGAAAUAGUGGGCAAACCGCCUUGCGCCAAUCAAUUUUGCUUUUACUCUUGCGUAAGGCGGUCAGAUCGUAUCUGCCCCAUCGCUUGCACGUGGUGGCGGCUAGGGCGGGGCUGACGGGUUUGCCGUUGAAGUUGGACGUGCCGGGCUUGUGUCCGAACGCGGUGCCAAUGUCGCACCAGUGGUACUGCGGCGGCGGCGGCGGCGGCG